CUUGGUUUGCACUUUUUGCACUUUUCAUGUCACUGGCUACUGAGGUUAUUGGGCGGGCUCUACUUGCCGAACGGAACACGAUAUAUCUUGCCAAUACUUCUUUUAAGAGACGAGGGUGAAUUGAGAUUGACGACACUUGAAUCGAAUUGAUGAGCUUAAUUAAUGAUAGUACAGGUUAACGUUCAUUAUCAUCGACGUUUCAGAGGAUGAUUCUUCUAUUUCAUGUUACCGUUGUUGUUUUGAACACGUGAUCCAUCGGUUUACCUACGCGCGAGAUUGUAAAUAAUCAUGAAAUUUCAUUGCAACGUCGAGAUCUAUGACAGAACGUUAUCUGUCUGCUCACAGAGAAGAUCGCAGUCGAUUUUGGCGUUCUCUAAAAAAUCGACCGACGACGAUGACGUAUGUCUAUAUCUGCAGACGCGGCAAAACAAGCGGGGCACCAAGUACCAGAUUACCAAAAACAUAGAACGAGUAUUCACAAAGUUUGUUGAUAAUGGCAAAAUUACGAUAAGAUUGACUCAACCCUCUCACGAUUUAAUUAUUCAAAGUGACACAAUCCAAUUGAAGAACUUCCUUCGCCUAUUGAAUCUUAUAAUAAGUGGACAUUCUCAACGUUACAACAGUCUUGUGAAACAGUGCACUCUUACAUCUGAUGUUUCUUUCAAUUCUAAUGAAUUUUCCGUGGGAAAAGUCAAAGUUGUGGUAAAGAAAAAAUCAGAGUAUCCAACUUUACAGGGUUUUCCAAGAACAACACAGGAACUAAUUUUAAGCGGACUGGACAGAAAAUCAUUUGAUCGACAAAUUUUGCGUCUGCAAAGUUUGAGAAUUUUAGAUCUGUCAGGAAAUAAUAUUUGUUAUUUGCCAAGAGAGCUGGGUACUUUACCUCACCUUCAGCAACUUUUACUGUCACAAAAUAACCUUGGAAAAUCGCCGAAAUCUAAAUGGGCAUGGCUAGAGCAAGCUGCCAUUAGGCACAAUUUACAUUUCUUAGAUAUAAGUGAUAAUUCGCUGACGAAUUUGCCACUACAAAUUAGAAACUUGAGCGCCUUAGUGCAUCUGAAAGUUAGCAAAAACGCUUUGACUCGUCUACCAUGCAAUAUCAGAGUUCUGCGAAAUCUGAAAGUUUUGGACGUGGCAAAAAAUAAUUUGUUAUAUUUACCAGCUAGUAUAACAUGUCUACGAUUACAACUUUUAAAUGUCAUGGAGAAUCCGUUUAUCAAUUUUGAAAAUUUUCUUUGUGAUAAUGGUGAAGAAUAUAAGAAUACAACAAAGAAUAUAAGGAUGCAAAGUCUUGUCGAAUGGUCAGCUAAGAGUAUCCUGAAGUCUAGAAUAACGUAUGAUGCAAGUACAAUUCCAUAUACAUUAGUGGAAUAUUUGGAUGAAGCAAAAUACUGUCAAUAUUGCAGUACUGCCUGCUUUGAUUCUUAUAUAAAGAAAUUCAUGUAUCUAACUUUAUCAUGUAUCGAGCUAAAAACAUCAGUGUCUCAAUCGCAUUUUAAAUUUGAAUGUUAUUUCUGUUCAACAGUUUGUGCUAACAAUUACCACUCUCAUUAAAGCGAAAUCAAUCAUUUUUCGUAUUGCCUAGUUUCCUCUCAAUUUUAAUUAUAUAUAAAAGUUUUUAAUUAUCCUCAUUUGUCUAUAUAAAAUACAUAUAUUCAGAUUUACUUUAUUUACUAUUGAUAAGUUAACCAACGUCAUCGAUCAUUAUUCAAAUAUAAAUAGAAUAAUUAUAUCUGUAAUUUUUAUAUACCUUUUUACUGUUGUUUUUACAGUUGAUAUCUGUUAUUAAUUAUAAUAAAAAUUUUAUAUUUAUAAAA